AUGUCCGAAAAAUCGAACCGCUUUUUCCAUACGCCGAGCCAGAGCUUUGAUAUGGGGCUUGGUAAGGUGAAAUUCGCUCCCGGGACGGUGACGCCGCCACUCAGGAGGUCGGUGGAGUUGGAAACGAUCGAACGUCCUGCAUCUGCUGAACCGCCAAAACCACGACUCGGUGCCGGUCGUGCAAAAGUGCACCCAAGCGACGUGAAGCUCGGCAGGGCGGUCAGCUCACCGUCUCUCGACAAAAUCGGUAAGGAUUGGGCAGUU